AUGACUUUAAUAGAGACAUUUGGAUAUUGCAUAAACGAAAAAAUCGCAUUUGAAAUGGGACUUGCAGAUGUAGGAAGUUCAGCAAUAAUUCAUAUAUACGGAGCAUUUUUUGGCCUAGCAGUAUCAAAAAUAUUAUCUCCAAAAGAAGCUUUUGAGAACAAAAAAACAGAAGCUAAUUAUAUCUCUGACUACAUGGCAAUGGCUGGAACUUUGAUUUUAUGGGUCUAUUGGCCUUGUUUUAACGCAGUCCUUACCGAAGACAAUAGCGAAACAUAAAAUAGAGUUUAUGUAAAUACCGUUUUGGGGCUAUGUGGUAGUUCUUUUAUUGUAUUUAUUUGCACCAUUCAUUUAAGAAAUGGUUAAGCUAAAUUUAAUAUGGUUGAUUUAUAAAAUGCGGCUUUAGCUGGAGGUGUUGCUAUUGGUACAAGUGCUAAUAUGAAUAUUACACCUGGCACAGCUGUAAUUAUAGGUAUGUUGGGAGGAUUAGUAUCAAAUUUCGGAUACGCUAAAUUAUAAGGUUGGAUUCUAUAAAAUAUUGGUAUACAUGAUGUUUGCGGUAUUUUAAAUUUACAUGGAUUACCAGGAAUUAUAGCAGGAAUUUCAGGAUUUAUUAUUACUACGAAUGCAGAUUAAUCUAUGGAUAGUCCUGAAGUUUUAGCUCAAAUAUAUCCUAAAUAUAAUUAAUAAUAUUGGGAUGCUUCUAGAUAGAGUAUCAUAUAAUUAAGCUUUUUAUUGAUAAGCCUUUUUUCAUCUAUUGGGUUAGGUCUAAUGACAGGAACAAUCCUUAAAUACACAGGGAAGCUUUAAACUUAUUUUUAUGAUGAUAAAGAAUAUAUCUAAUUAUAAGAAUAUAAGUAUGAAGAUUUAGAAGAAUUAGUCAAUAAAAUUGCUGAAUUAGGGAAUUAGGUUUAAUUUUUAAAUGAUGAUGAAAAUAAAGAGAAUAUUGAAAUGAAAAAAAUAAGCAAUAAAUAAAAUAUUACAAAUAAAGAAUAAAAAAAAGAAAAUGAUAUUUAAUAAUUAUUGAUUUGA